GGAGUGGAGGAGUUUUGCUGAGGCUUGGGGCCAUUCCUCUAGUCCCUGAUCGUGCUGUCUCCGCCGCUGGGAAAUGGCCAAGGCCGGAGGGUUCCUGGAUCGGGGCCGAGCUUCGCGUCGACUCUGGUUGUGAGGGCCGGGGAGAGAGGGAGAUAAAUAAAUGAAGGGAAACCUGAGCCAUGGAGCAGAAAUGACCUGCCCCAACCCCAGCAGGAACAAAGGCGCUAAGAUGUCACCGCUUCAGAAGCUGGAGAGUCUGGCUGGGCGGAUCUUCUACUGGGGGCCGCGCAGCGAGGCGGGGGCCCCGGCCGGCAGCGGGACGGCCCAUGUGUCCGAGCACACUGCCGCCUGGAAUGAGCAGAUGAAGGAGUUCCUAGCCAAAGCCAAAGAAGACUUCCUGAAGAAAUGGGAGAACCCCUCCCAGAACACGGCCAGUUUGGAUCAGUUUGAUCGAAUCAAGACCCUGGGCACGGGCUCAUUUGGGAGGGUGAUGCUGGUGAAACAUAAAGAGACCGGGAAUCACUAUGCCAUGAAGAUCCUGGAUAAACAGAAGGUAGUGAAGCUCAAACAAAUUGAGCACACCCUGAAUGAGAAACGGAUCCUCCAAGCCGUCAACUUUCCAUUCCUCGUCAAACUAGAGUAUUCUUUCAAGGAUAACUCCAAUCUGUACAUGGUGAUGGAAUACAUCCCGGGCGGGGAGAUGUUCUCCCACCUACGGCGGAUCGGGAGGUUCAGUGAACCUCACGCCCGGUUCUACGCUGCUCAGAUCGUCCUCACCUUUGAGUAUCUGCACUCGCUGGAUCUCAUCUACCGAGACCUGAAGCCAGAGAAUCUCUUGAUAGACCAGCAGGGCUACAUAGAGGUGACGGAUUUUGGUUUUGCCAAGCGGGUGAAAGGCCGAACCUGGACUCUGUGUGGGACCCCAGAAUACCUGGCCCCCGAGAUCAUCCUCAGCAAGGGUUAUAACAAGGCUGUGGACUGGUGGGCCCUGGGCGUCCUCAUCUAUGAGAUGGCAGCUGGUUACCCCCCGUUCUUCGCGGACCAGCCCAUUCAGAUCUACGAGAAGAUCGUUUCUGGCAAGGUCCGGUUCCCGUCUCACUUCAGUUCGGACCUGAAGGACCUGCUCCGGAACCUGCUGCAGGUGGACCUCACCAAACGCUUUGGCAACCUCAAGAACGGGGUCAAUGACAUCAAGAACCACAAGUGGUUUGCUACCACCGACUGGAUCGCCAUCUACCAGAGGAAGGUGGAAGCUCCCUUUAUACCAAAGUGCAAAGGCCCUGGCGACACGAGUAACUUCGACGACUAUGAGGAGGAGGAGAUCCGGGUCUCGAUCACUGAGAAGUGCGCCAAGGAGUUUGCUGAGUUCUAGGGCCAGCGGCCGCCCCACCGGGAGGGCGCGUGCAGAGCAGGUGGGGGCGGGGUUGGAUUUGAUCAGCAGAAAGACCAGAGUUCCUUGCCUGUGUGUUUUAUUUUUGUGGGCGGGGGGGUAGGGAUUUGCCUGGAUCUGGUUUGGGGAGGGGGCGGAGCAGAAGACCCCUUAUUCUAAACCUGUACUAAGUAAACGAUAGUAGAGAAGGGCAGGAGUCUAAAUUCUCCCAUGCUCACCCCUGACCCCCCCCCCCACUUGCACAUGCUUCCCCCCCCGCCAUCACAAGCCUGCAGCCCCACCCCAGCAGCUCUCCUCAUCCCCCCCUCACCUGGGGUUUAAACAGAUUUCCCCACACACACUCAGCUCCCACUGGUUACUUUCCACCCCCUCACUGAUCCGGUUACCCCCACACUGCCUCUCAGUCCACACGUGCUGCACCCCCACCGUCCUGGCCGGCUUUAUUGGUGGCUUUUAGUUUUUGAAGGAGGGGGCGGGGGGCGUAUUUUGCCAUCAACUUCCCCCCAGAUCUUCAUGGCUAUUUGCAAAGGCUUCUGGGAGCAGGGUAUGGAGCAAAGAUGCCCCAACACCCACUGACAUGGCAGAUCAAUAUCCUGGCAUCCAGAAUAGCUUUGAAUCCCCCCAGCCUCCCCCAGGGGGGAGACAAAAUCCCAACCCCCCCCUCCCCCACCACCACUCUGGAAAGAGGAAGGAGGGAAAUCUUGUCUCAUUUUAUGAACUUGGAGGUGGGGCUCCUUUUUUUUUUUUAAUUAAAAAUAAAUAAGUAAAAUAAACUUUAUUUUCCGUUAGGGAACGCGGAGGGGGAGGGGUAAGAGGUUUUAAAGAUCCAGGCGUGGGGCUGGGCUAACUUACCCUACAUCAGCCCCUGCCAUCCCCAGUGACACCUCCCUUCCCCUCCCCCCCCACGGUGCCAGGAAUUUUAACUCUCCAAGCUUUGAAUGUGUCCAGGUUUUAGCAAGGAAAAAAAGAGCCGUUUUUUUCAGGUAGAAACUGACAGUAUUUCCCCACCCCCGCAGCUCUCUGCGGGGUGUCUGGUUUCGGGGUAUCUUACACUGGCGGGGGGAGAUCUGGGGGUCGGUUACGGGCUGGAAUGGAGGUGCUGGGAGAGGGAAUGUCCCCAGUGGGUUCUGGAUUUUUAGC